AUGAGACGAAGCGCAUUGCUGCCAUUACGGGCAGUGUCGCGACCUAUACCAACCUUCAGAAGCAGACCAUGUCGUAUUUCUAAGCGCGCGUACGCCUCAGUGCCCGCCGCAGACCUGCAGUUCGGACAGCCGCUGCAUGAAACCCAUCCACACAUCAUCAAGCCCGGAGAGCUCACCCCCGGCAUCUCCGCCCUCGAAUACCACCACCGACGCGCAGCGCUCGCGCAGAGGCUUUCACGAAACAGCAUUGCUGUACUGGCCGCCAACGAGUUAAAAUAUCGAUCUGGGCCUGUGUUCUACGAGUACCACCAGGAGCCCAACUUCUUCUAUCUAACCGGAUUCAACGAGCCAGAAGCAGUAGCAGUGAUCGAGAAAGGUGAUACAGACGUCGAAUACACCUUCCACCUCUUCGUCCGACCGAAAGACGCCCAAGCGGAGCUAUGGGACGGCGCACGAUCAGGAGUACAGGCGGCGGAGGACGUGUUCAAUGCGGAUGAAGCAGGAGAUAUCAACAACAUCAGUCAGAGUCUGCCCAAGAUUGUACAUGAAGCGAAGGAAGUAUACACCGACAUAGGCUCGUUGGUCAAGAAGAAUGCCUUGUCGCGCUUCUUCGCCGGGUCAUCUACGAAUAUCGAUGGAUUCGCGAAGCUCCUGAAGAACGCUACUGUCAAAUCGCUCCGUCCGCUGAUGAACGAGGUGCGGGUGACGAAGUCGGAGGCGGAGUUGGACUGCAUGCGGAGGGCGGGAAGCAUCUCUGGAGCUGUGUUCACAGAGGCCAUGAAGAAGGGCUAUAAGACCGAGAAACAGCUAUGGACUGAUCUUGCAUAUGGCUUUAAAUCGCAGGGACUGGACGGCGAAGCCUACGUCCCGGUUGUUGCAGGAGGAACGAACGCCUUGAGCAUCCACUACGUUCGCAACGACGCCGAGUUGCGAGACGGCGACAUGGUUCUAGUGGAUGCGGGAGGCGAGUACGGAGACUACAUCAGCGACAUCACAAGGACCUGGCCGGUCAACGGCAAGUUUACGGCCGCACAGAGGGAUAUGUACAGCAUGAUCUUAGCCGUGCAGAAGUCGUGUGUCAGUCUCUGCAGAGAAGAUGCAGACAUGACACUCGAUAGGCUCCACAAAGUCGCUGAGGACGGGCUGAGAAGCGGAUUGAAAGAUCUGGGCUUCGACACUUCCAAGGCUGGAUGUCUGGACACGCUGUUCCCGCAUCAUGUUGGCCACUACAUUGGAUUGGACGUGCACGAUGCUCCCGGCUACCCAAGGACAGACAAGCUGAAGGAGAACCACUGCAUUACGAUCGAGCCAGGCAUCUAUGUUCCAGUAGACGACGAGCGGUGGCCAGCGCACUUCCGUGGCCUGGGCAUACGGAUCGAGGACUCCGUACGAAUAGGAAAGGAGAAGGUGGAAGUGCUGACAAGCACUGCGGUUAAGAAUGUAGAUGAGAUAGAAGCCAUGAGGUCGUAA